GUCCUGAAGCAGGAUUACAGCAGCAGAUCUGCAGCUAUGGCUGACACUUUACGACGACUGGUCAACUCAUCUCCAUAUGGCGUUUUGCAGGACAAACUGGAAGCUUGGUACAAAGACUAUCAUGUGUUCUCUUGUGACCAGAACCUGAAUAGGUGCUGUGAGCUAGUGGAGCUCACCUCUAAAAUUCAGGGUCAAUUGUUCACCAUACUCAACCUUACAGCACAAGAAGGGGGACAUUAUUCAGGUGUUGACACACUGAAAUCUCGCCUUUUGCCAUGGCUUGGCUCUUGCUUCACCAUUGCAGCUUCGUCUGUCUCCACAGAUACCAGCCUUAGCCUCAUUCAGGAAUCUAUGGAGAAAGAUCGGAAGAUUCGUGAACUAUCCUCAGUUCAUGAGAGCGACAUGCAGAAAAUAGAAGACAAGCUGUGUUCUACACGUAUGGAGUUGGAUACAGUUAAACAGGAGUCGGUAUCAAUUCUAGUAACAAGUCUAAAUGAGAUAGUUGGUGCUAAGAGUGUCAGUAGGGAUAUGGAAUUCUGUAUGAAUUUCUUUGUAAAAUUCUCUUCCUUUAUUACCAACAUCCUAAUCAAGGGGCAAUUUGUUGAAAAACAGAGGUAUGGGGGAAUAUUUAAAAAUUACUAGCUACAGUACGUUUACAUGCACCCAAAAAGUCUGUCAGUAA